GAUGACCGGGAUCAAAAUUGGUGGGAAAAGUCUCGCAGGGUUUAUCGAACGUGAUCCCGUCUCGUCGUUUCGUAUUCCUUCUGAGUGGCAAUGAUACGCAAAAAGGCGACGACUACUAUCGCUUUCAAGAAAGAGAAGCUGCAGCUUCGCUGCGAGUGGGACCAGUGCGACUAUUUGUGCGACGACAGCCCGCUGUUAUACCAGCACGUAAGGAAACACUUGAACGAUGACCUGACCUUUGUGGAAACAAACCAGUGUCCUUGGACAGAGUGCGCUGAAACGCUGAGUGGCACGUCCGAGCUACGCACUCAUGUGUUCUAUCAUGCUUUCCAUACCAAAAUCAAGUGCUUCGGGCAGAAUCUUUUGGACAGACAAGACGCGCCAACUGUGCGCUGCCUCAUGGAUAAGAGCUCUCGCAACAUGAUCCCAGACACACCCGACAAGUACCGGUGCCAGUGGACGGACUGCGACGAUUGCUUUGAAAACCCGGAAGCCUUCUACGCACACGUCGACUGUCACGCCGAGGAGGUGUGCGACGGGGCGCGACCUUCGAAAAAGGCGCCCUGCGGUUGGAGUUCCUGCGACGCGACCUUCGCGACGGUGCACAAAUUGAAGGAGCACGUUCGCACGCACACGCAGGAGAAGAGGCUGGCGUGUCCAAACUGCGGCGGCGUGUUCUGGUCUCGCACCAAACUGCUGGACCACUUCGAGCGCCAGGACGAGCGCUCUGGCCACAAUUGCAUCUACUGCAGCCGCAGCUUCAGUUCGGAGCGCCUUCUGCGCGACCACAUGCGGCACCACGUGAACCAGUACAAGUGCCCUCUCUGCGACAUGACCUGCCCGACGCCGUCGGCUGUCAAGAACCACAUGCAGUGGCGUCACACGUCGCUGCGCCCGUACGCCUGCGACCAGUGCGACUACGCGGCCAAGCAGCAGUGCGACCUGAGAAAGCACAUACAAAUAAUGCAUUCCAACAAGAGCCUCGCGUGUCCUUACGCUGGUUGCGACUUCGUCGAGCGUAGCACCCACUUUCUGCGUAACCACGUGCGUGAUGAACACCUCAAGUGUCCCAAAGGCAUCUACAUGUGUCACAUCUGCCAGAAGCAGUAUACCAAGGGAAACUCGCUGUCGCGCCAUCUGGUCUCUCAGCACCGCUUUAAGUGGCCGUCUGGUCACAUGCGCUUCAAUUAUUGCUGCAACAAGGACAACAUUUUCACGGUGCAGACUGUUCGUUAUGAGAGUCUCGACCUUGCUGAAGCCAGAACGGAGAUUCCAGGAGAAAUGAAUGCGGACACGACGAGCACUCUGUCGGAACCCCAAGUCCUUGCUGCUGCAGUGACGGGCGAAGUGUCGGAGCGGCCAGUGAAGUUGGUACAGAUUGUACAGACAAACGAAGAUGGCUCUACUGUCGUUCAGGUGGCGGAGGUGUUGGCUGAGCGGCCCUUUGAACUUGCUCAGGGCAUGCAAGCACACCAAAGUGAAUUCAGUGAGAAUGGUUCAAAUGGGUCAGAUGUGCCCAUGCAGUCAACUGUACUGUCAGUUGGUAGCGAGGAUUAGCAUUUCUAAGAGGUAUAUUCAACUUGGAAUGCUUAGACAUGUUUGAAAGUCACAAUUUGAUAAUGUUAUGUUUGUAGCUUUUUGCAUUAUUAGAGGCUCUUUGGGAACGAAGAUGGAGCCAAAAUGUAUGCUUGGCAGUGGUAGUAGAGGGGGUACUGGUGAGCUAGUUGAUUUUAAAUGAUCAUAAUGAUUCACGUAACACAAGUGCUUUCCGUAAAUAUUGCACUGCUGUUCUCAAGGUAGUAGAGGUUCUUCAACAAAAAAAUAUGGCAGGAAUUUAUAUGGUUGGCAGUAGUAGCAGCUUAACUGGUUUGGUGUUUAUAAAAUGGUUCUUAAAAUGGCUGCCCCACGCCUUCCUGGUUACUUUUGAUCUCCCUGUUUUAGUCUUGGUUUUUCAAACAAUUGUGCAAUAUCUCAAUUGGCUAGUGCUGGUUUCCCUGUUCAGCAGCCGAAUUCCCUGUUCGAAGCUGACAAAACUUAAGUGUACC